GGCAGACACAGCUCUGAUCCCCUCCCCAACCCGAGUAGAGAUUUCUGAUCCAGCUGUCACAGCUCUCGGACACCAGGGGCCGAGGGAGAGGCAGGAAGAGUUGGCGGAGGAGUGACCGAGAAGAUAAGGAGGCCACGGGAAGGAGGGGGAGCCGACUUGAGCCUGGUGCCUGCCGAGCCGUCCCUGUCCCUCCAUGCAGGUCCCCGUGGGCCCCGCCUGCAUCUUCCUGAGAAAAGGCAUCGCCGAGAAACAGCGGGAAAGACCGCUGGGACAGGAUGAGAUCGAAGAGCUUCGGGAAGCAUUUCUUGAGUUCGACAAGGAUAGAGAUGGGUUCAUCUCUUGUAAGGAUUUGGGGAAUCUCAUGAGGACGAUGGGUUACAUGCCCACAGAAAUGGAGCUGACUGAACUGGGCCAGCAAAUCCGCAUGAACCUGGGUGGCCGUGUAGACUUUGACGACUUUGUGGAGCUGAUGACCCCCAAAUUGCUUGCGGAAACGGCGGGGAUGAUCGGCGUCCAGGAGAUGCGCGAUGCCUUCAAGGAAUUUGACACCAACGGGGACGGGGAGAUCACCCUCGGGGAGCUGCAGCAGGCCAUGCAGAGGCUUCUGGGAGAGAAGCUCACCCCUCGCGAGAUCUCGGAGGUCGUGCAGGAGGCGGACGUGAACGGAGACGGCACGGUCGACUUUGAAGAGUUUGUGAAGAUGAUGUCUCGCUGAGGAGGUUCUGGAAGCCCCCGGUCUCUCCCCACCAGGCCGGCAUGGACCCCGCACUUGUGGAAGACCAGAUCCCCUCGGGCCCAUCCAGGAGAGAGGGUGGGAGGGUGCGUGGUGACUGGCCUUGCAUUGUAUGAGUCGAGGCUGGACCAAAAGUGAUGGCUUUGCCCGGAUGGCGGGCGGGGUGAGGGGAAACCUCUCUAGAACGAACUAAGAAGCUAGAAAUGAGAUCAGGACCAAGGUCAGCGCCACCCCACAAUUCCAGAGGUUAAUGACAUCUCGACUUCAUGUAACCCCCAAUGCCUACACCCCAGCAGAGUCUCUUCCCUGGUGUCCUCUUGGGUCAGACUCUCAAAAAGCUCAGCCCAUGGUCCACCCUUCCCCCUUCUUGCUUCAGCUGCUUCAGAUUUCCUCGGUUUCUUUCUGUCGGUAAGAGGGAGGCAUGCCAAUCUUGGGGCUACAAACAGGGUUCCUGGGAAGACCGGGCUUGGAAAUGGUUCCAUUAAAGAGGCUUCCAAAGUGA